AUGAUAAGUCCCCAAUCUGCUUUCCACUUGACCCCCGUUCCUUUCCCCUCAUUUCUGCCCACCCCUUUUGACUUUCCAGACAUCGCCGAGCUUGAGAUCGUCCGGCUCGCCUUCUUUGCGGACGGGGCUCGCCUCCUGGCCGCGUCCGGCGUGCCCGACUUCGAGCUGACCGUGCAUGACGUCAGCACGGCGGCGCAGCAGGCCCGGACGAAGCUCGGCGCCCCGCUCGAUGACGUCAGCUUCAACCCGAGGAACGAUAUGCAGUUCUGCUCGCGCUCCGGAGGGGUGCUGACGCUGUGGACCUUGGAGCGGAGCUACGAGACGCACUACCUGACGUCAAAGGCGCUCCCAACCGACCGCUUCCACGUCACCUCCCACGCGUGGGCGCAGAACGGGGCCCUGUUGGCGGGGUGUUCCACAGGGGAGCUCUUGCUGAUCGACUCAGAGACGGGCCGCGUGAGAGGGCCUCAAUUUCUGGAGCAACUCGACCGAAAAAACGCGGACGCACAGAACGCGAUUGCUAUGAAAGAUCCUGCGGUUUCCGGGGCGGGGGUUGGUGACUCGCAGACCGGAAUCCGGAAACUGGGCCCGAGCGCCACGGAAAAGGGGAACAAGAUUCCGCUCGGGCCGGUUCUACCGGGUGUGAAUACGCUCCCCGGGAAGCUCGGGGGAGUCGGCGCGAAGUCAAUAAAACCGGGCGGAAGGACUGUGAAAACGGCCGGCGCAGCGGCCAAAGGGAUCCCCGAAGUUCUGCCCGGUGAUAACGAACCGGUCGUGCACAGCCCCUCGGGGGAACCGUUAACCCUGCUCGCGGUUAAUGAGACGCACGUAAUCUACGGCGGUUCAAGGCGGGGUUUGGAGGUGAAAGAGCUGAGAGCGUUUGCGGGUCCCUUGCAGCCGGCAAGCAUGGAGCUAAGCCCGGUUAAGAGUUUCAAACGGCAGAGCGGGUUAGUGGUUCAGGUGUCCGGGAGGCAGAGCCCAGAUACGGUUAAGGGCUUAACCAAGGGUUUCGAGCCUUUGGUAGACGAGGAACGCUUCAUCGACCUGGACGGUUUGGCGCCGGUUAGCCUAAUUCAGAACCCGAGCCAAGCCCAACAGAUGCUCGUGGUGACGUCAGACGGGACCGUGCACACGUGUGACGUCUCUUCACCUGACUCCAAGUCGCAGUCUGCUGACGUGUCCCGCUUCCAGCGCACUGAUUCUCGAUCCAGCAACUUGUCUCUCCAAAGCUCGAGUAUCGAUGAGAACGCGGUCCCCAGAAAAAAGGAGAUCGCGGGUGCGACCGUGCAUCCGCAGUCAAGCUUCCACUUCGGGGGGUUGAGCGGCCUAGCAGUUCUGACCCCCCUGAAGCUGCUCGUGACUGCCGGGGGGAAGGACAAGGCGCUGAGUUUCUGGGGGAUGGAGAGGGGGAACUUUGUCGCGAGAAAGGGGCUCACCGCUAAGGUCACGUGCCUCCAGGCUUGCGAAUCAAAGAAUCUUCUCGCGUGGGGGAGCGAUUGCGGCGUUGUCCGAAUCCUGCACGUCGACGCAACAACCGAAUUCGUCACCACCUUCCGUCAGAGGCUCCACGUGGCACCCGUCCAUAGGCUGCGCUUCAGCGCGAGCGGCGCGUUCCUCGCGUCGCAGAGCGCCGACGGGCGUAUCGUCUUCUCUUACUCCGGACACGGCUGGGACUUAAACCCAAUCGGUUACUUUAACCUAACCGAAGAUGUUCUAGACUUCCGGUGGUCUCCAAGGGAGUCCACCGAGGGCACGCUUUUCCUCUCGCUCGUUACCGGGGAAAUCGUACGGCUAGAGGUCCCCGAGACUGCUUCACCCUCUGGCGAACGUUUGUUCGGAAACGCAGACCUGAAACGCGCGAGCUUCAACGUGGACGAACCCGUGCUGAGCUUCGAGAUCGUUCCGGCGAACAAAACGGCGGGAGUUAACGAGGCCCUGUUGGUUGGCAUGACGGCCGACAAGAGCAUACGGCACUACACUCUCCCGGAUGGAACCGGGGACUGGACGGGGCCCGGGGGAAGGCCGAGGGCCCCGGUGUUUGAGCGGUCGGCGCACGCCAAGCCCGGGGGGGCGCUAGGUCUUUCUGCCGACGGAAAAGUGACGGUCACCGGCGCCGCGGACGGCGCCCUGCAGCUCCGCCCGACGUUGCGCGACAUUCCGUCGCAGGACGCCGGCGAGCUGCAGCUGCACGACGCCUAUUCCGGCGGAAUCCGCCACGUUGCAGUCUCGUCCGGAAGAGUGUUCACCGCUGGCGCGGACGGAGUGGUGUUUGUUUGCGACGCCGUGGACGCCGGAAUCGUCCGAACGGACGGCCGGAAGGAGCGGCGGAGCACCCGAAACCGGAACCCUCCCAACCCCGGGGAGCUGGCAGACGUCAACGCGCCCGACAGCCCGACGGAACCGGACUUUGCCGCGGCCGGAACGGAACCAGAACUGCCUCUGACGCCGAAAAUGGUGGAGGUGAAAAAAGUAGCGAACGAACCGGUUGAGGAAAGUGAGUGUGAUUACAGCGAAGGGGAUGCGGUCAGGAGGAAAGUAGACGAGCUCCGGAGGCGGUUCCGGGAGUGCGAGGAGCGGAACGAGAACGCACCGGAAGAGGAACAGCUGCCACGGUCCGACUUCGUGGUUGACAUGGACCUGCAGGCGGCCCUGAGUGCGGACGGCGCCGCGCGCGUCGGCAAGGUGCGCGCGCAGAUCGCGGCCGCGAUAGCGCGCGCGCAGCUCCUGGCCGCGCGCCUCAAAGCCGAGUUCUGGGACGUUAUGGAGACGCACACGGACGUCCUGUGUCCACUGAGUUCCGGUUCCGACGUCGAGAACUUUCCGCUGCGGAAAACGGGACCGGAGGAGGAGUCAGCUACGGAGGCGGCGGAAAAAAGGAGAGCGGAACUCGAGCAAGCGCGGGCGGACAGCGGAACGCCGGAAACGGACGGGAGAGAGACGCCAAUGGAGGCGGCUUCGACGGGGGUGCUGGCGGAAACGGGGAAGGAUUCCGCUCGGGGAGCACCGGAAGAGGGACCGGAUCCCGGUGCGAAGAAAGAAAGUCCUGCGGACGGGAAGACGGAGCGGACGACGUCGGGAGGUGCGGACAGUGCGACGCAAAGCUUGCUGUAUGGGCCAUUCGAGCUGACGUCAGUCAAAACGAAGAAGGUCCAGAUCCAACUGCUGAAGCUGGUAGUGCGCGAGAAGAAGGCGUCCUUCAACGCGCAAUUCGUGGCCGCGCGCGCGCGCAAGCAGGCGGCCAUGGACAAGGUCGCGGAGGUGAACGCGCGCCUCAAGGAGAUCCAGAAGGACCUCGGGCUGACGGAGCCGCUGACGUCAUACGCCGUGCAAGACCGGGAGCGGAAUGACUCGUUGCUUACCGUACGCGACAGCGAGAUCAAGGUUGAGCGGUACGUCUCGCCGGAGGAGCUCCGGCGGAUCGAGGAGGAGCGGAAAGCGGAAGAGGAGCGAUUGCGGUCCAAGAAGGGCGACGACCCGCAAGAGCGCGCGUUGCGCGACAUGAUGGGCGGGAAACUGCAGAGCAAAGCCGACGAGGAGGCGCAAGAGGAGCUGCAACGGCCGGACUGGAUGAGCGGAGAGCGGGCCAAGAUGAGCGAGGACCAAAUCAAGCAGAUCAAGGAAUUUGAGGCCAAAGAAAAGGCCUUCAAGGAAGAGAAGGAGAAGAAGCGCAAGGGUCUGGAGCUGGAGUAUAAGCGGCUGCUGGAGGAAGCCGUGAAGCCCGUCGCGGCCUUCGACGACGAACUAACGGCACUGCGAAAGCACAGGUCUCACGUCCUUUCCGAGUGUCUGGAAGUAGAGCUCCAGAUUGCACGGCUGGGCGCGUCCAUCAUCGCAGAGGAGGAGACGGAUCAACGGCAGCAGAUCAAUCUGACGGCCGAGGUUGAGUCCCUGCGCGCCACGAGUCGCGACACUGCGGCCGCGGCCGCGCACUUCCGUCAGGAGGCGGAAGAGAAGAAGGACGAAUACGAGAUGGUUCUGGCGGAGGAUAAGGCGAUGGAGAAAGGGUUUAAGCGCGACUUCGCCGACUGCGGCGAUGCGGCAGACGCGCUCUUCCGGCUGUUCAAGCGCCGGGCGAAGAAGGGCUCCGCGACCGGCGAGCCGCCCGCGGCCGCGAGCCCGACGUCCGAGAACUCCAACAAGAUCAUGCGGAAGUCACAGAGAUCCUUGAGUUCGAUGCACAGCUUUAAGAUGGCGAGUCCGCCGGAAUCAGGGAUUCGGAACGCACCGGACGCGCCGGGAAACGACGGCCAUCUAGACUAUUCGGACAAACCUGAGACCAUUAGCGACCUCCAGUGGGAGCGCUUCCUCAGCGCGCGCGAGCGCAAGAUCGCGCAGGAAGAGGAGGCCCGCGCGCGCGGCGCGCAGCUCGCGGAGAUGCAGCGCCACGUGGCGCGCCUCGCGGAGGAGGACGACGUGGCGAAGAAGCGGCUCGAGGACGCGGCCGCGGCGCUCGCGAGCUUCAAGGAAAAGCGGGAGGAGCGGAGAAAAGACCUGGACGUGCCUUUUCACAUCAAGCAGGGCCUGGUGGAGGUCGACUUGGACCCCUUCACGGGGGGGCUCCACGACGCAUCGCUGCUGCACCGUUCCGCUGUAGAGGAAGUCAACGCGGAAGUGCGGAAGCACGGACAGCAGAAGAUCGACAUUCUGACGGCGAUCAAGGACUUCAAGAAGGGCAUCUACGAGGCGCAGUGGCAGGUGGCCAAACUAGGCAUGGACGAAGAAGACCUCACGGAGCAGAUCAAACAGUUCCAGCUGCUGCGGGUUACGAAACAGCUGCAGACCGUCAUCAAGAACGGGGAGGACAUUUCCUCAGCGAACGAAGUCGCUGCGUUAGAAAACAGGCUCGCCCACGACCAGAAGCUCCACGAGAAGAAGCUCCAAGAGCGCGCCGCCCUGUUGCGCAAACUGGAAAAACAAUCAGCGGAUAUUACGGCGCAAACCGCGGAGGUUAAGAAGCGGUUAGCGACGCUCCAGGAGCAGGCCGAGGCGCACGCGCGCAUCCGCGAGAUCCAGGUCAGCAGCCAAGCGGCACGGCGGAACGCGACGGAACGGAUGAAGAGCCUGGUGACGCAGCGGCAACUACAGGACAUAGCUCGGGCGCAAAUGGAGGAGAUCACGGCGCUCCAGAACGAACUAGAGGUGCUCCGAAAGCGGACCUUCCCCAAGUUCGAUACCGCGCCGCGCGCGCGCUUUGUGGGGCCUGAUGAACGCCUUGUAUGACUGGUGGGCUCAGGAGGUGUGAUUUGCUAAAAUCCAUUGACAGCGAAGAGAGUAUAGAGGUAUAGCGCGGACUCGCUGAUUUGAGGAUGUUAUGUAGAUGGAACGCAACUGUGAACAAUGGCUGUGCAUCAGAAACUAUAAAUCAUAAAUUAU